AACUCGAAAAUAAUUAUGUUUUCAGAUUUCAUAGAUCCCUUGUUCCAGUAGAAUAUAAAUUUACAAGAUGGCGUGUGUAACUCUGAAGAGAAGUUUAGACUUUGACCCUCUGUAUUCUCCGAACAGACCGAACAAAAGGAGAAGAUGCAUUCCUAUGCAUUGUACACCGGAGAAGAAAACCAGAGAGGAGGAGUCACACAAACCAUCUUCAUUCCUGGAGUCCCAUCUCUCCCCAGAACAGAUCGCGAACAAUCUCAGAGAUGAAAUCAAAAGAAUGAAGAGAAGACGACAGAUAAUCGGCUGGUCACGUGAUCCUCCGUCCCCCGGCAGUGCCCCCUCCUCCCCCGAACCUAUGAUGGAAUCAGAGCUGCCCGGCAGCAGCAGCAGCAGCUCCCUUGGACCAGAUAGUUCUCUAGUUGCUCCAGCUGGGAAGGAGAAACCAAUCUUUACUCUCAAACAGAUGACUCUGAUAGCUGAGCGUAUGUGUAAGGAACGAGUAGAUAAGGUCCGCCAGGAAUACGAUGAGAUACUUCAACAGAAACUAUCAGAACAGUACGAAUCCUUUGUCAAGUUCAUUGAUCAGCAGAUUCAGAGACGAUUUACAGAAUCCCAUGCACCCAGCUACCUCUCUUAGGAUCUUCGAGUGUUGUGUGGAGAAAGAAAAUUCUGUCUAUGAGCUCCAAUCAUAUUUAUUAUCGAAUACCAAACCAACUUCAUCUCCUAUUUGAAUCAGAUUUCAUCUCCAAGUUUUAAUCCUGAAAAAAUUGUAACUCUUUAUUUCGGAAGAAAGAAAACAGUCUUCAAAACUAAUUACUUUGCUUAAUUCACUUUUUAAUUCUUGCAAAUCCGUCAGAAUUACCAGAAACUAAUAUCAGAUAAACGAGGGUUGAAUAGAAAAGUUCACAAAUAUCUGAAACAGGAUGAGGUGUUAACUAAUGAUUGUUGUUUGGAGCUCUGUAAUUGUGCCACGUGAUUUACCGCUAACUUGAGAGGAUAAACUUCCUCUUCGUUUCCGGUUAAACUAUCAUGUAAUAUAAAGGAUAAUGUUUAUUCUUUUGUAAAUAUUCACCAGUUUAUUAAUACUGAUUUUAGUUUUAUUUUCAACCGAUCUUUGUCAUUUUAUACUUACAGUUUAUUCGCAGUGCUUUGCUCAUACAGUGAUUUUUUUUUCAAGAUUUUAUUUUCGAUGAAUGCCGGUGGGUUAUAUAUAAUAUUCACAUAUGAUAUAUAUUCUAUCAGAUAUUUUUUCUAACCAAUUUAUUUUCACUGAAUUUGCUGGCAUUAUGUCAAAAUAAUUUUGAUGGCUUUGGAACAUUAAAGUGGUGCACUGUUAAAAAAACAUCCCUCCCUGCUCUGUUCAGUGACAAAUAUUAAAUAAUCAUACAUUCGUAUUAACUAUUAAACUAUUUUUACCCCCCCCCCCCUCCCUUGUUUUUGGGUACUGCAGUUUUAUGUUCCUCAACCAAAAUUAGGAUAAUUGUGUAAAAAUUAGCAGUCGUCAUAUCUUGUUUAUAUUUCAAUUCAAUAAAUUUUAAAUGGAA